CGCAGAUAGAGUCAAACGGGGCCAGAUCGCAGAUGGACGUCCGCGCGAGCGUACUGUCACGGGCAGCGCGACGCGCCGUGCCGUCGUCGUAAAUAAGUGCGCGUGUUGUGUCGCGUCGUAUCGUGUGUCAUCGCGUCAUUAUCAUCGUAGGCGCGCGCGCGCCCGCGCCUUCCUAUUCCGAGAUUAGGAUUACGCGUCCGGGGAUUCUCUUCUCGCGGUGACAUUCGGCCGGGAGUGAAUACGAGGGCGAAGCCGAGUUCUAUUCCCUCGUAUCGAUAUACGUGCUACAUUCAAGCGGAUUGAUAUACGUGUUCGCGCGAGCAUUCGCGACGAAUCGCGGAUAUCGGUAUUUUCGCUAACGUCCUGAAGUGGCGCUAGGAGAUUGCGAGAUCACGGUUGUCAAUGACGUGAACAUCGCGCAUUGCGUCGAGGCGAUACGUUCACGUAUCUUCGAGUGCUAGCGGUAGCUGUUCGGCCUGUCGUGACAUUCGACAACGUGAGAGCGGGAUUCUCGUAAAUCCACGUGCUUCCAUAGGAGUGUCGGAGGAGUGAGGCGAGGUCGUGGCUGUCGCGCCGCGUCGAUCGAAGGGGGAUUCAUACAUAUGUAUGUAUGUAUGAAGGAAACGCGCGAGUGUGUUUACGCGCCGAGUGAGACGAAGCGAGUGUUCAGAUCGUAUUGACAGUCGAUGAGGAGUGUGUUGUAUGAACGAUCGUGCGUACGCGGCUGUGUUUUUUAUGUUCGUUUGGCGGUGCCGAUUGUAAACACGUGACGCGAUCUCGUCGUACUCUACGAGAAUCAGCGGGAUUCCGCGUCAAUUCAGAUCAAUGAACUGGAACAUUGUUUGCAGAGUCGCUUCCGCGAGUGAAACGUUUCUUUCGUACGAAGGAAGAUUCGAACAAGUAUCGCGAUUGUCAAAAUAGUGAUUUUUUCUUCUGACGUAUUUUCGAACGAGUGUUUCGAGAGAAUCGGCGGAUCUCUCUCUCUCUCUCUCUCUCUCUCUUUCUCGUCGAGCAAUUUCGACGAAAAACGUAUCGAGAGUUGACAUUACUGCGUCGUCGAACAGCUGGCGGUGAAUCUCGCGGAAGAUUACCGUCGCGCGAUCGACGUCAACGACCUCGGCGUUCGCGAUCCCGUAAGGGGGCUUCCGUCAAGAGCAGUGCGUGCGUUAUCGCUAAACGAGAUCUCUGCAUCGACGAAAGAGAGCUCGCGUCCGAAGGACCGCGCGACGUGAAAGUGACAUUUCGCGUGAGUGCUAACACUUUGUGGGAGAGGAAACCGGAGUGGCGCUCCGGAACGGAAGCCGGAAGGACAGAUCCGGUGGUAGACGGUGGAAGACGAAAGAAGGCGAUGCUGUGUCUCGGCAACGAUCGCGGCUAAUUCGCACGUGUCGCGAUGUCGGGUGGCACGGCGAGCGGCGUCCGCGGCACCGGCGCCGAGUGCAGGAAGUUCGCGCCGAACAUAUUCAACAAGAGCAAGUGCAGCAGCUGCUUCAAGCAGAAGGAGGAGCACAGCGCGGAGGCUCUGGAAUGCAACAGGGCUACAAGGAAGAUUUCCAAAUGUGGAUACUUGUUUGUCGCGCCUGGAUGGGACUUUUCAAACCCACUGAACCGGACAAAGAGAUGGCAGAGGAGAUGGUUCGUUCUCUACGACGACGGGGAGCUAACAUAUUCGGUGGACGAACACCCCGAAACUGUGCCACAGGCGAGGAUCGACAUGACCCGCGUCCUGGAGGUAGCCGCCGCCGAGGACGUCACCGGGCAUCCUUACAGCCUCGCCGUGACCUCGCCGGAGGGUGUGACCUUCGUCAAAGGAACAUGCCGUGAAGAAACCAGAUGGUGGUCGGAUGUUCUCCAAGUGUAUUCGCGAAACAAGGGUCGGCAUAAGCGAAAUGCAACCUUCCCCGGCGGACAGACGACGAUUCUGCAAGUUACGCCGACGAUUCGAAGUAACACACCAAAUCCACCGCGACCGCGCUUCAAUAGCUGUCAAUCAGAGCCGCGCAGCAGCGCGUGGAUCCCGGAGACCGGCAACGGAACGUCAGACUUGUGCUCUUCCGUCUUCUCGUCGACGCCGUCCUUGGUAACAACUAGCGUCUGCACCGCGACUAACAAUAGCGUGCUGACCAACGGUAACACGGAGAGCGUCUCUGAGGUCAGAAACAAUUUAUCGCCCUUGCAUACUGUGGCGUCCCUCGAGAAUGGCUCCAGCGGAAGCUAUCUGACAACCGCGACAACGACGACAACGGCGUCGUUGAACGGCAACAUUUGCAGCACUGUUUAUUCGACCACUUCGACAACCAUCUCGAGCAAUGCCGCCUCGUUGACCGAUAAGCCGCCGAUGAUCCCCAACGACGGCGCGAGAUCAACGAGCUAUCGGGAUCAACCUGCCAGCAGCGCGUCACCACCGACCCGAGACAAGCUCCGUGCCGAGGACAAGGCCAGGCGCAGGAUGAAUCAGCAGGGCGAACGAACCGGCGACACGACCAGCACGGCCUCCGGCGAGAAACUAGAUGAUGACGCGUGCCGGAGGAUACUUUUGGAGCACGAGCGGGAAAGAGAAGGGAAGCUGCGGGAUAUAGCGGCUUCGUUAACGCAGCCACGAGUGAGGAGAAUCAAACCAAGAACUUCGGAGCCGACCAGAGACGUCGUGGACGCGGUCAAUGCGGUUCAUCAAGAUAAGCUUAUAAGAGGCGAUCCCGACGGCUGCGGCUUAGAUAUUUCCGGCAUCAGGUACUCGCCCAUUUCCGAGCUGAGAGUUGAUCUGCCGGCAGAGGACUUGCUGAACAUCAAGAAGGGUUGGCUGAUGAAACAGGGAUUGAAUAAGGAAUGGAACAAGCACUGGUUUGUUCUAAGAGGCUGCGGACUAAUGUAUUAUAGAGAUCCCUGUGCGGAGGACAAGGGCAUCAUGGAUGGCGUAAUAGACCUCAACACUGUCACCGCGGUUACGCCGCUACAGGUCGCGCGAAAUUAUGGAUUUCAAACUGUCGCUUGGGACGACAGGGGCAGUACGGUGUUAUCGGCGGUGACUGCUGGUAUUAGGUCUAGUUGGAUGUCGGCUAUCAAAAGAGCGGCCAAUCUACCUGAUCCUGACAGUAAUGUAGAUUCUCUUACCGUUUGCUCAGACACUCAGCAAGAAACAAAUUCGCAAUCGCCUAUUACAUCUAUUAUGGAUCGUGAAAGAGACUCUGUCGUUCCCUCGACAUCCAUCACGCCUAGAUCGGUUUUGUUUUCAUCCGACGAAGAAUAUAGAACUGCUUCCGAGGGUGGACGAAGAGAGUCCGGCGAUUGGUCGGAGAUGCCGGUAUCGCCGCCACUCGUGAGAAAUGGCGAUUGGCCUAUCGCGCUCAAAGGUUCUGGCUGGUCGGAUUCGACAAACCACGAAUGGUCAGAAUUACCACCAUCGCCACCGUUAACAAGAACCGCGUUAUCCAGGGUGAAAGCUCGAUCUAGGUCGAGUUCUAGAUCGAGAGUCUACAAGAGAAGCCGAAGUUCGCCUCCAAGUUCGCGGAGAAGCACUCUAGAUAGUGUGAGAUCGGAAGAUUUGAUGAUGGCUUGUUGCGAACUUGGCGAAGAUGAGGAACAGAAUAAUGGCCACAUGCAGAGCAACAGCUGCCUUUCAAGUGCUAACGACAGUCCACUGAUUGUUGAGCUUCUGGAGAAUCAGGUUUCGCUUCUGCGCGAUCAGCUGGAUCAGAAUCAGUCCCAUCCGAGUACGCUACUAGUCAUUGUCGAGCGUCAAGAGAAUGAAAUCGAGAGUUUGAAGUCGCAACUGAACGCGGCACAAACAGAUAUCGCAAACGCAGAGAAAGAGUUGUCUAGACUAAGACAGCAAAAGGCCGAAGCGUCCAUCAGGGAGAAACAAGUAGAAGAAUUGUUGAAUACAAUACAGAGGACUGAGCAGCAAAGAAACAAGGAUCUAGACGACCUAGAAAAGAUGAAAAAAAUGUACAAUAGAGACAAGGAGAUUUUGGAAUGCAAACUAUUGGAAACAGAGGCUAUCUUGAGGGAGACGACAGAGAGAUGCGAAAUGCUUACGAACGAAUUGACAUCGAGUCAUAGAACUGUCGAGCAUUUGCAGACAGAAAUAACAACUCUCAGCGACAGAUUGUCACAAGGUAUAGAGGAAAACGAACGGCUUUACAAUAGAGUAAGGGAAUUGGAAGAGAAGAAUGGAUUCUCUGCUUCGAGGGAACGUGGGAGAAGCUUCGAUUCGCUUAGCGAUUUGACCAACAUCGAAUUGGAUUUAGAUUUGACUGCAUUAGAUAAGGAAAGGGUCAUGGAAGAGUAUGACGAGUUGCGGAGCCGUUUUGAGAAAGCUGUUAUGGAGAUUCGAGCUAUGAGAAAGGAACUGCGAGAAGCUCACGCCACGCAGGAUGUUUUGGAAUUAGAAAUUUUUGCUCAUAAACAAGACGCAAUUAGUGUCAGUGAGAGCAAUCAAGCGCAGAUUCAGCUAAUGGCAGCGAGAAUUCAGGAUCUGACUAACAAGCUAGCCGCUAGCGAAAAGCAGGUUAGAACGCUGAGGCAGAAACUGACAAAAGCCGAAAGUAGAGAUAAGAGAAGAUCACUCUCUCUUAAAGGAAGAGAAUCUUUCCAAAUUUCUCAGGAGGUAGAGGACAAAUUAUUGGACUUAGAAAAUAAGAUCUGUGCUAUAGAAAAAGGUAAGAGCAUCAGCGCUCCCGUUUCGGCGGGCAAUAGCUCGAAGGAAUCGAGUCCUAAUUUGAAAAAGGAAAAAAGACGAGAGAGCAAGAAUUUGGAUCGUACUAAACUGCGAAGAAAGUCUUUAGAUAGCGCGACAAGCUCUGAACCAAUGAAAGUAUUGAUUAGGCUGAGCACUUUAGAAACAAAAGUAGCAAACGUCGCUGAGACUAUGGUCAGCGAUGCGGAGAAAGAUUCCAGCGAAUGCAGUGAAGUCAGUGGAUCUUCCGAGAUAUCUUUAGAGGUAUUGGCAAGGCUGAAGAAACUGGAAAGAGCGGUAUCGAAGUCGAAACGACGAUUAGAGAAGUGUCUCGGCUCGACACAAGCGGAGGAUAAAGCCGAGAAAUGUUUGCGCGAUGUAAAUGAAAUAUUGGAUUCGUGCUUAGAAUGUAAGAAGAACCAGGCUAGCGCUCAAAUCAUCGAGUCAGUAGGAGUAGUAGUAUCUAGGCUAGAAAUUAUACUUAAGGAUAAAUUGAGCGAACUCACGAAGAGACGGCAGUCGCUGGCGCAGGAAGGUCGACUGGACGAGAGAGAGAAAAUGAAGCUCGUUGCUGAGAGGAUAGCAUUCGAAUCUGUGAUCCUGCGACAGAUAAAGUGCGCGUUAAGUCGCACAACAGACAAGAGUGCCGUUCUGAGUGAAUUGGUCGAAACUAGUCAGCUUGCCUCAAGCUUAAAGCGUAAGAUUCACGGAACUAAGCCCAAAACGUACCAAAAUACGAAUUAUAUUCAAUAUCUUACUAAGGUGUUAGCUAAUAAGUUAGUACUGGUAGGAAACGUUUCCGCAUUGACGGAAACAUCGAAGGAAAUUAGUGCGGCUCGCAGCGAAAGUCUGAACUUUUUACUGCAAAAGCAACGGGAGAUCAACGAUAUCAUGCGAAAAUACAAAGACACGAAGCUGCAACAGCUCGCGGAAGUUCUUGCUGUCGAAACGCUGAGUCUGUCCGAACAAGAGGAUUUUGCGGGCAAACAAAUUAGCGGAUCAAAUAAAAAACUGCUCGAGGAUAGACGUAUUCGCGAAGCGUGGGCUUUAGCGCAAGAGACAGUUAGUAAGGAGCUUGUGCAAGCCGAAGUGUCUCAUGUUAUUAUGCGUUAUGGUCAACUAUACGAGCAAAACGUUACUUCGAUCACGGAUACUUGUCUUAGUUUUGACAGUACGGACAAUGUCAGAUUAGAAUCGUGGAUGGACGCAGCGCAAGCGCGACUGCGCCAGGAAAUGGAAGUCUCUAUACACGAACUGUCGGAGGCUUAUGAGGAAUGUUUACGUACGAUGAAGAAGAACAAGUUGACGGUGAUUGAUUCCAAACAUGAAUCUCGUCAGCUACUGACAGACUACGCUGACGUUAUUGCGCACAAAGCUUUAAUAGACUCCAGAAUCGCCCUUCUUCAGGAAACCACGCGGCAAUCAAUUACGACGUUAUCUGGAGAGACUUUCGUAUCUAGUCUUAUUCGAAGCGAAGAGCUUAUUUCCUGUUUGAUAAAUGAUGAAGGAUGCGACUUUCAAAGCAAUCCGAUCCUCGACGCGGAGUAUAGUUACCUUUAUCAACGAUUGACCAAGGAAUGUGAAGACAGAAUAUCCGGGAAAAAAGAGUCGAAGGAGCAACUUAAAAAUGUCAGUCAAUCGUUGUUUUAUCUGGAAGAGGAUUUAGCCGAACUCAGCAAAUGUAUAAGAGACAAAACGGGAGUGGGUAUCGAUAAUAUUGCUUGGCCCAGAUCGACAAGCAACAUAACCGAUUGGCCUAGCAUUUGCGAGAAGUGCUUGCACUUGCGGGAACAGAUAAAGAAGCUGGGCGAUUAUAUGAACAACAUGUCGUGUCAGACAUGCAAUCAAUUGCAAGGAACUCUUCAGAAAAUAACUACCGAGCACAAUAAAGAACUGGAAAUGCUCAAGCGCAAUCAAGAGAGGGAUCUGAUGGACAUCAAGGGCGAAUUAGACAAUCAGCGACAGUCUCUAACAACCCAAUAUGAGCAAGAAGCGGCUAGUUUACGCGAGAGAGCCAGAAAACUCGAGCAUCGUCUCAACGCGAUGGAUUCCGAGCAUUCGGCUCAUGUAAACGAGUUGAGAGCCGCCUAUCAACGAUCGAUAAGUGCCGAAUUGGACACCGAUGCCGAGACGCGGAAGCGGUACAAGGAAGAGAUCAAGCAACUACGGGUAUUAUGCGAGAAAGGUUUAUUGGCUAUGGAGAACUCACAUAGGCGUAUCAUCGCCGAGAUGGAGGAAAAGCAUCGACAAGAGUUGGAGAAUCUGAGAGUGGAGAAAGAACAAGCGCUCUCUGAAGAGACGCAAGCAACUCUAGCUGCAUUGGAUGCCAUGAGGAAAGCACAUGAACACGAGGUGCAAAAGGAAAUUGCCAAGUUCAAGCAAGAAUUUAUCAAGCAAAUGCAGGCGCGCGAGGAUAUCGGAGUGUUACACAAGGAACACGAGGAAGAAAUGGAAGAAAUAAAGCAAGAGAUUCUUUCCCUGUCUGCCAAGUAUUCAUCGAAAUGCGUGGAGUCUGCAGCAUUGGAAGAAAAAGUGGGCAAUCUGUCCAAGCAACUUGCCCAGGCGCAACAGCACAUCAUGCAACUGGAUGCGAGAAAUAAGCAAUUGAGAGCGCAUCUAAUGCUGGAGACGAAUGACGGUGGUAUCAACGAUAACAUACAGAUUCUGAGAGGUAGGGACAACGAGAUCGCUGAAUCGAGGGAAGAGAUACAUCGAUUGCAACAACAAUUCAAGCAUGGGGACACCCCUCGUGAAUCGUCCGGCGUGCCGUCGAAAGCCGCCCUAUCGCUAGACUACUCGCCCGCCUACUCGCCGCAACGCUUCAGAGGUAGUCAAAGUAGCGGUGAACAGAAAUUAAUGAGCGAACGAAACCUAAAAGGGGCGAAUACCCUAUCCAGCGUGUUACAAAAACGAUCCGUGUCGAUGGAUCGGCCUCAGAGCGCAUUCUCAUACAAACUCGAGCGCGUAAAGUCGGUUUCAUUGCCGUAUUCGAGUAGCUUGAUAACCAGGCCGGCGAGUAGUGUCGGCGUUUCCGGCUCGCACUUUGACGGAAAAGAGCCGCCGGCGAGCUUAGAACAAAAGGGUCAGGAACGUAACGUUCGUCUGGGUUCGCCAUUAUGGGACAGUUUGAGACCGAGGAGCGGCCUGCCUCAUCAAUAUCAAGGUGGCACAACAACAGAGAUGCGAGUCGGCAGUGGCCCCUGGCAGAAGAACAAACAGAAUGAAAAGCAACAGCAGCACCCGCAGGCAUACACCCUCCGUGCCGACACUCGUAACACAUCCCGCUUCACCCCGGAACCCGCAGCUCUCUCCGUUGCAGAGUUGAUGAGGUCUCCAGUAGUGAGGUGGUCCAGCAGAAGUUGUCGCAGCCUGCCUCCGACACCUACACCGAGUUACCAUCAUCCACUUCACCCUCCUCUACCUGCCGUAGGCAUGGUCGCCGAGAGAAAGAAGCGUUUCGAGCUUUAAAUUCCGAUUUCUUUGUCUUUUGUGUACUUUGAUCGAUAGUAACGAAAUUGGAUCGCACAUACAAAAACGAUUGAAAUGAUUAUACUUGAUAUAUAUCUAGAAGAAACAAAAUUUAGACAAUUCGAACAAUUAAAGUAUAUCGCAUACUAUUUAUGAUAUUAAAAAGGAAGGGAAUUUCGUGCGAUAUGCGCUUUUUUGCUCUGAAAUUGCAAGAAUGAAAGCGUUUCAAUAUCACUCAUGGACCAAUAAAUAAUAUCUUUAAAAUCGUUCCACGCGAUAGACCAUUCGGACAAUACUAUAUUUACGAUUCGCGAAGCGCGCGAAUCGCAGUUCCACCACUGCCAUACGAGAAUCAGUGAGGCUCAAGAGAUUUUUGAUGGACCAAAGUUGAAAUGCCGGUCGGGCUCGUCGUGUUAAUAUUGAGCGUGUUUAUCAGGUAAACAUGAUUCAAUAGCCGAACCGAGUUCCGAUUGUUAGAAGAGGGUAGAUUACGUAUUCCCUCUCUUUCCCUUUCAUGGUAUGAAAAGACGUAAU